GUUAAAAAUGGCGCGCGUAGUGUUUAGUCUAUGGUGAUCGUUUUGUCACAUCCUGUUAUGUGUAGGGAGAGUGCAUGGCCUCGACGUUGAUCCCGUUCUAAGAUAUUUUUCCUUCGUUGCUGCUGUUUAGAAAAUAUAGACGGUGUUAAAUUUCGUGAUGGUGUUCUUUAAAAGGCCAUGGAUUUGAUGAAAACGGACUAUGAGUUCCUAGACUUAUCUGAUGUGAAGGACGCGGAAUUGAACAGACUGCAGUGCGCCCUGUACGACCGGAUACCCGACAUCUCGGCGACUGCUCUCGCCGGUGGUUGGAACGAACCUACUAUAGCAGAUCCGUCUUCCUGUUCGUCGAGCACGGCGGGCGCCCCGACCGUGUCGAGCAGCGUGGACAGCCUGUCGGGCGGCGAGUGCGACAUGGCGCCCCACUCGCCGGCGCGCGCCGCCCCGCCGCACCACGCGCCGCCCCCCUACGCGCAGCCGCCGCCUGCCUACCCGCCGCCGCACCACCACCAGUGGCCCGUGGCGCCGCCCAACGUCUACGUCAGCCAAGUCACCGCCAACGUCAACGUGCACGGCUACAUGGGCCAGUACUACCAGCCGCAGCCGCAGUACCCGCCGGCCCCCGAGCGCGCCGCCCGCGCCCCGCGCCGCGACCGCCGUGGCAAGCGCCCGCCGUCCCCGCCCCCGCAGCCUCCGCCUUACUACCUGCAGUAUCCGCAAUACUACCCCGCCGCGCAGGCCCAGGGCGCACCGCUCUACCAUCUACCCGUGUAUCAACCCCUCGUCUAUGGACCCUAUGCGUACCCACCCUAUUACCCUGAAUAUCCCAUGCCCGUCGAGGGUGAAGCUGACAAGGGUCCCGAGGAAUACCCCCAGGAGGUUGUGAUGGAGCAGGAGGCUGUAGACGCUUACUACGCGAGCGCCCACUACGCAGCGCCCCCAUAUGGUCCGCCAGUAGAGGGCGGUGUGGAGUACAUGCCACCGAUGUACCUCCCUCCCCCUCCCCAUCCGCCACCCGUACCUAUGCAGCAGCAACAACAACCGCCUCCUCAGACCACCCCACAUCAGUUUAACGUACACGCUAAAAAUUUCGUGCAAGGUCAAAAUCAAAACAAAAAUUAUACACAACAAGACAAGAAUCAAGAACAGAAGCCUAUGCCUGCACCACCGACAGCAUCAGCGACAGCUGCUUCAGUAGAAUCCCUACCUUUAAAAGACCUUAAAAUAAGCAAAGGUCCUGGCAGUCCUAAACAAACAGAUCGUGCUAACGACCCUGGUCAAGCAAAGCUGUCCCCAGUCGAAAAAGUUACGACAGCGCCAAAGACUGAAACCACGAAGUCGUGGAAUGCUACGGAAUCGAAACCAGAACAGCCAAUUGCAGCACAAUCACCAGCAAACAAAUCUUUCCCUCCAUCAGCACCACCAUCCAAUCCAAUGCCUACGAAUAAGAUCCAACCUGCUGUUCCUAAGCCAACUAAAGGCCCCGCGGCUCCAUUCUCGGGAGGUAAGCAGCCUGCUAAACCUGUGGUGCCCCAGACAGUAGUGCCGGUACAACAAGCUGCAUCCACUCCAAAAGCACCUUUCGGUAGCCGACAAAAACGUGAUGGACCUGCUAACCGUUCUCCGUCUAACGACAACAAUGAAAGUUCUGAUAGGAAUGCGCCCACUAGCGAUCACGCGAAACGUGAACCUCCACUACCGCCCAGUAAAGCGCCAAUGCCGAUCUCUAUUACGCUGCAUUCCGCUGGUCCGCCACUGAUCGUUAGCAACAAGGCACCAUUCGGUCACUCGCGCAAAGGCGGAGCCGCGCCCGAGCCCCCUCCGGCGCCUCAGCCGCCGCCUCCAGCGCCCACCGCGUCCGACUUCCCCCCUCCCCCCACGCCGCGCAACCAGCCGGCGCCGCCGCCCGCGCUGCCCCCGCAGCCGCAGCCGGCGCCCGGCAAGUCGUGGGCCAGCCUCUUCUCCAACAAACCCAGCGGCGCGCCAGCACCUGCGCCUGCCUCCCUGCCGGCAACUGAGGAACCUCCCAGCCCUACUACGGCUGCGCCUCCCAUAGCUACGAAUGUUCAAAAGCCGGUAGCAAAGGUGCCGCCAUUCGACGCGUCGCCAUUGCAGGCCACGGCUACUGACAAGAGUUCUCCGACGCCGCGGCCUGCCGCCCCACCUGCAGUGUCGUACUCAGAGAAGACCUCAGUAAACGCGACAGCUGGCACAGCGCGCGCGGCCGCAGCCCCCGAGCCCCGGGAGCAGCGCGAACCUCGAGAGUCCCGUGAGGCCCGAGAGCAGCGUGAGGUCCCUGUUCCUAAGGAACCGAGCCCUACUCAGCCACAGCAACCUUCACCCUUCAGUGACGACCCUAACUCUUACAGGAUGGGAGAAUUUCUAUCUAAAUACCAACUGGAUAACCGGCCAGUAUCGCUGUUACCUCGUGGGCUCACCAACCGUUCCAACUACUGCUAUGUGAAUGCGAUCCUCCAAGCGCUUAUUGCCUGCCCGCCAUUCUACAACAUGCUGAAAGCACUGCCAUACCAGACUCGCCGCGGCAAAUCCAGCACACCUGUCAUUGACUCCUUAGUGGAGUUGUGUUACGAGUUCAGUCCACUGGCGCCGGGCAGUACGCGUGGUGGACGAGGCGCAGGUUCAGGUGGAGCCCCCGCAGUACCAGCCGGGCCUCCGCUGGAGGGCGGCGCGGGACAACGAGUGUUACGGGCGCUGCGCCCCUUCCCCGGCUCACAGGAGGGCAGGCAAGAAGAUGCCGAAGAAUUUCUGGGCUGCCUGCUUAAUUCGCUCAAUGACGAAAUGCUGGAGCUGAUUAAGCUAGUCGAACCGGAAGAACCUCGCGCUCCCGGCGCCAGCCCCGCGGGCGGUGCGGGCGGCGCGGGCGGCGAGGGCGCGGGGUCGGCGGACGACGACGAGUGGAAGGUGAUGGGCCCGCGCAACCGCGGCGCCGUGGAGCGGCGCUGGGCGGCGCGGCGCACGCCCGUGGCCGACAUCUUCCGCGGCCGGACCCGCCUCCGCCUGCAUCGCGCCGCGCACCACGACGUCACCGAUGCCGUGCAACCAUUCUUCACACUCCAACUCGACAUCGAGCGUGCCAACAGCGUAAAAGAUGCCUUGGAGCUGUUGGCUGGCAAGGACACGCUGGAGGGCGUGAGCGACGCAUGGCAACAAUUGUCCUUGGAGCAACUUCCUGUGGUGCUUCUCUUGCAUCUCAAGUGUUUCCAACUGGAUGCAGAUGGCCACACUGCUAAGAUUGUCAAGAACAUUGACUUCCCCAUUGAUUUGAAAAUUGAUCCUAAAAUUAUGUCCUCUAAGCUGAAGUAUACGUCGAAGCAACGAAUCUACAAGUUGUUUGCUGUCGUGUACCACGAGGGCGUCGAGGCUGUAAAAGGACAUUACCUCACCGACACAUUCCACGGACAAGUGGGAUGGAUCAGGUACGACGACUCCACCGUGACGCAGGUGAGCGACGCCGCCGUACUGAAGCCCAAGCCUCCGCGCAUGCCCUACCUGCUCAUGUACCGGCGCCACGACACGCUGCCGGCGCGCGCGGGCGGCGCCGCGGCCGCGGGCGCGCAGUGAGAGCGGGGCCCGGCGGGGCGCGCGCUCAGCCUGCACUUCCUGGUCAGCGCCGUGCCCUG